AUGGGCAAGACUUCACAGAGGAAGCAAUAUGACUGUGAGAAUCCAUCAAAGCCUUGUUUAAGUACCUCAAUCCCCCUGAGGAUGUCUAAUUAUACAUUCAAGAGGCCAGUCACUAAAAUCACAUCCCAUCUGGGCAAUGAGGUAAGAUACUAUCAGUGGGAGGACCUUGAGAAGCCGGAGCAAGCCUGCUGGCAAAAGAGACUUCAAGGACUCCAGGCCUACAGCACUGCGGGAGAAAUUUUGAGCACUUCAGACCUUUCCAAGGCUUUGAAAGACCUCACACCUAGAGACACAGACACCGCCUCUUCAAUCAUUCAAGCUAACAGCAUGGACCCCAGGCCCUUGUCCACCCUUGGGUCAUCUUCACAUUUGGCAAAGAUGAUACCAGAAGCAGGCCCACAGAUCCUUUGCAAAGAAUUUCUGGUCACCGAAGAGGAUAUUAGCAUCCAGGAAAGGAAAGUGAAAAUAGCAAGAGAAAGACUGGCAGUGGCAUUGAUUGCACACAAGCUAGCAAAUGAGACAGAGAAAGUGAGGGGUUCAAGGAAAGCAAAGGUAUAAACAUGAUGGGGGGAGGGAGUACUGGGGAAAAGACACUGCAAGUGAAAUGGGGCAUAGCCUUGUUUUAACGCCUCUUUCAGUCUUUAGUUGUUUUGAGACCUUGAAACUUUAAACUUAACAAUACUUUAUUAAAAGUCUGUGCGAUG